UUACAAAAUUGUGCUUACAAAUUGUGUUUAGAUUGGGCAACUCCUACGACCUCAACCUAUAAUGAAGCUGAGUCCACUUACUUACUUAGGGUCGCCCACCUAAACUUUGGCUCAACUAUGUAUCCUUAAGAAAUCGAAGCCUCACCCCUCCCCUCCACACUUUUAAUUUUCUAUUCCCUAACCCAUUAAAUCUAUUCUCUCUCCCAAGUCUCGGCGGUCGCCGUGUCGCCGUCGCCGUCACCAUCGCUGCCGUUCCACUUCUCUCUCUCUCUUCUGUUCUCCCAUCUCCUUCUCAAUCCUCUAUCUCGACUCUUCUCCACAGAGAUUUUUUUUGUUCGAACCACACCGAGACCUUCUUCAGCUGCGAAGUUUCCUGAGGUGAAACAGAAGGAUGAGGAAGCUAAAGUUUCACGAGCAGAAGCUUUUGAAGAAGGUUAACUUCUUGGAAUGGAAGAGAGAAGGAGGUCACAGAGAAGCCCAAGUAAUGCAUCGCUAUCACAUUACUGGACGGGAUGAUUACAAGAAGUAUUCGAGCUUGUGCCGUGGUGUUCAGAAGCUGGUCACAAUGCUGAAGAAGAUGAACGAGAAAGACCCUUUUCGAUUGGAAUUGACCGAGAAGCUCCUCGAAAAGCUGUACAAUAUGGGUGUGAUACCAACCCGACAGAGCUUGAAUUUAUGUGAUCGCCUGUCAGUGUCAUCCUUUUGCAGACGGAGGCUAUCGACAGUGUUGGUACGUUUGAAGUUUGCCGAGCAUUUGAGGGAAGCAGUUACAUACAUUGAACAAGGGCACAUUAGAGUUGGUCCGGAGACAGUAACUGAUCCUGCAUUUCUAGUUACGAGAAAUAUGGAGGACUUCAUAACAUGGGUUGAUUCAUCAAAGAUAAAGAGAAAGGUUCUACAAUACAAUGAUCAGUUGGAUGAUUACGAUGCUAUUAACUGUUGAGAUACUGUCCACGUUUUGUUUCUUUUUCAUUAUUUCAUCUUUGUAUGAAUCUUUUCUCUGGUACUCUUAUCGAAAUGGCUAUUUAAGGUAGCGUAAGUUUUGCCCUUUCUUUUCUAAUCAAUAUAUAUAAUUUUGCAUCA